AUACCAAGCUUAUCGUGCAGAACCUCCCUAACAAUUGAGGAGUGGUCUUGUCUUGCAAAGAUAAUGUGCAGCUGUGGAAAAUUACUAAGAGUUAAGUGUUUUGAAAAUGCUAUAUAAACCGUUGGUUUUGAGUGCUCGGGGUCCUUGUUGAGACCCGCUGCGUCGGGCUAACUUGGACCCCAGCUAGCUGGUUCCUGAAUAAAUUCCUCUUGCUUGUUGCAUCAAGAGACGCCUUUCGUGAGUGAUUUGGGGCGGCGUCCUCCUCUGGGAGAAUCCAACAUUUGGGGUCUCGUCCGGGAUCUGCGCUCACCCCGCUUCACUCCUGAAGUCGCUCUUGGAGGAAGAGGUAAGAUUAGUGGCGCCUUGGGUUGUCUGUAUUCUGUUUUCUGUUUUUCAGUGAGACCGGUCAGAAUUCUGAAAGGGUACCCAUUGUCUGGCAGCUGUCUUGAUCCCAUAAAGGGGUCGAGACUGCGGUCGGUAGACGUAAUAGGAGCACCGCAGGCUGCAACCCUGGGGGACGCCUUGGGGAGGUUGGGGGGCCAGGGACGCCUGGUAGCCUCCCGUCUGUUUUUCCGGCAAAGUGAACCUGAUGAGAUAGGAUUGAUUUUUGGGCGCCGAGAGUAUCAACCCUCUGAUUCCUUUCGGUUUCUGUUUGAGACUCUGAGGAGAACUAAACGCGGCCGCUGUGUGUCUAAUUUGUGUGUGUCUUUGUUUUUUGUGUCUUUUACGUGUCUAAUUAUUGUUAUACUGACAAUGGGACAGGCAGUGAUGACCCCCCUUAGCCUGACGUUAGAUCAUUGGACGGAAGUCAGAGCGAGGGCACAUAACUUGUCAGUAGAAGUGAAAAAGGGACCUUGGCAGACUUUCUGUACCUCUGAAUGGCCCACCUUCAAUGUUGGGUGGCCCUCGGAGGGGACUUUUGAUCUCCCCACUUUAUUAGCAGUAAAAGCUGUUGUCUUCCAGGAUUCGUCUCAAGGACACCUGGAUCAGCAACCCUACAUUGUAGUCUGGCAAGAGUUGGUGGAGAACCCCCCACCCUGGGUAAAGCCCUGGGUACAAAAGAAAAUGGGCCCUCGAGUUUUAACUGCCCAGACUCAACCUCAGAAAAAGGAAAAAGAAACUACCAAAGUUUACCCCGAUACUCAAGAUUUGCUUAUGGUUGAUGAUCCCCCUCCCCCUCCUUACCCUCCCGCCCCUACAGCACCCCCAGCGCCCCCAGCCCCGGCACUCCCAGCACCGCCAGCGCCGGCACCCUCAGUCCCUGAUGCUGAGGCAGUGGGGCUGGCUCCAGGACCUGCCCAGGGAACUUGGCGCCGCCGAGGGGCCACCUUGGACCCACCGGGUAUUUUUCCUCUCCGGUCUUAUGGAGUUCCCAUCCUUGGGGAAGAAGGGGACCCGCCUUUCCAACCUCUGCAAUAUUGGCCCUUCUCCUCUGCUGAUUUGUAUAAUUGGAAAGCUAACCACCCGCCCUUUUCAGAGGAACCGCAGAAACUAACUGGUCUGGUAGAGUCCCUGAUGUUUUCCCACCAGCCCACCUGGGAUGACUGUCAGCAGCUUUUGCAGGUGCUCUUCACCACAGAAGAGAGAGAGAGGAUUCUCCUGGAGGCACGAAGGAAUGUGCCUGGAACCGACGGGCGACCUUCGCAACUCCCUCAUGACAUAGAGAGGGGGUUCCCAUUGACUAGACCCAACUGGGACUUUAAUUCUCCAGAAGAGUAGCCAACCGCUGUUUGCUUUUGAGUGGAAGGACCCCUCCACAGGAACUACUGGACAAUUGACCUGGACUCGCUUGCCACAAGGAUUCAAGAAUUCACCUACCCUCUUCGACGAGGCUUUACA